AUGGAUCAAUCAGCUAUCGCUGAUUUCUCCAAAGAUGAGCACCAAUAUGCCGUGGACCACGUCUUUCUCCCCCCUAAACUCCCACAGAGCGGUGAUGACAUGCAGGCUGCAGCUCGCGACGCCCAGAUCUUGAACGCCGUCGCCAAAGCUCUCCAGUAUUUUCGCCUCAACGUCGACGCCAACUGUAUAGACCUCGUCGAUGCAGCAAUCACUGCCAUCAACCGCCAUCGUCAGGUGCGACGUGUUAGCGGCGACGUGGAAGAGCACCGCCUACGGGACGCCUUCCUCGCCCUGGAAGCAUGUGGAGGAGCUAUUCCGAUUCACGUAGAAGCGCAGAACGCGGGCCUCAUCAUUACUCGCAAGAAUGACUUGGUUGUGUUUGAGUCGUUUGAGCUCUCGGCCAUGAACGAGAGCGUCAUGGGCACGGCAGGCCGCCUCAAGCGACAUUUCCCUGCCUCCUCUGUCGCCAUCCAGAUGAAGGACUUUUGUGACCGUGGCCUCCAAUGGGCUCUGGCGGCGGCUAUUGCCAAGCUGAGCAGGGAAGAGAUACCCGACAUGAAGUCGCACAUCGUCAAGGCCGGCGAGGAACUCAUCGAGGAGCGAAACACUACAGAUCCCAGCAUGGUUACUGACCUCCUGGCCAGUAUUUUACGGGGCUUGGGAAGUAUCAUGGAAGGGAACCGGAUUUGCAAACACACCAGAGAUGAGGUCCUCUGGCUAUCAGCCGCCAGGCCAUGGCGAAGAUCGCCUUUGUGGCUAUUCAUCAGGGUCACUCUCCAGCUCUGCUUCUCGCGCGACGGCCGCAGUCUGUCUCUCUACAAGGAGCUCAUGAUCGUAUUCAUGGCCGGCAUCCUGCAGUCUGGCAAGCAGCACAACCCCCCUAGCGACAAGCUGUUUUGCAUGAUUGCCAAGAUAUCGCGACGCUUGCUGAAGCUGGACCCUCGUGGCCGAACCUACCAGUGGCUCUCAGACGUGCAUCAAGUGCUGUCUGAGCACCGCCUCGUCAUGGACCAUCGUUGGAAGCGAAUCAUUGAUCACUUCGCCAUCGACUCCAACACCCAACCACUGUCCUCUGGAGAGGUGCAACAGGGCAGGCUGGCGUCGUAUCUGGACCUCGACAGGAUUCUAAAGGAAUUCGCCUCACGUAAGGUCGACGAGCCUGGAAAAAAGUUCAAGCCCCGACAGCCCUCCUUUACGCUUGACAAUGAUACAUUGCCGUCCUUGCCACAGUCAGCCGGCAGCUGCUCCGGAGACGAAUGGCUUCACCUCUUGAUCUUCGAACACUGGGUGGCAAAAUGCUUGGACACAUGGCUCAUGCAUCGCCUCACCUCGAGAGGAACCUGCGGAGUGCUCUACCUUGCCGUGAUGGACUACCACAAGCUUGCAUCAUCGCUCUCCUCCGGCAACACAGAGGCUCGAUCGAUCAUGUACUUGACCAUUAUGGAGCUUUGGGUCGCUGCGGAUAAAUCAGCCUGUCGGCGGAUCCCCUUGAUGACAGACUAUGAUCCCGAAGUACCGUACAGGCUCCUUCAAUCUCUCAUCUUGUCGUCCAAAGAUGAGAUGGAGAGGCUGCACCUGGUUGAGGAAUACCUCGAGGGCCGUCGCGCGGGAGCAAGAUUCUCCAGUCCCUCCAUUUACUCCUCUUUUGGACAUGAGAGAUCUUUCCCAGUUCGCUUCUUUGAGUCUUCCCAGGAACACCAGAACCUCCGCCAGAAGAUCGAGGCCAAGGCCCACCAGGACCGGGAAAAGAAGUUGACCGAGUUUCGCAAUCUCCAGAGGCUACACCAAACCGUAACCUCUCGCAUCAACAACGCAACUUGUACUUAUGUCAUGAUUACAGAUCCACGGACGGGACAGAAUGGCCAGUAUCACAGCAACACUUGCCAGAGAUGCGCAGAUUCAAAGGUCGCCAAAGCCAUGAAGAUUCUGCUGCACGAGUGGCCACUUCCCGCGUCCGAUUCCAUGGCAGCAGCCGCAGUGUUCGAGUUGGACGUGCCCCGGACAUUCAGCGACUGGCGGGACAUGUCCCUCUAUCUUCUCAUCAACGUUUUCCGAUCAGACUGGCGGGAUACCGGAGUACCGCCCACCAAAUGGAACCUCGAAAACCAUUUGCCGUCUUAUUGCAAUACAAUCGGCCGUCGGGUCCAGCUCUGGUCCAUCACCAAGCCGCACAAGGAAACCCACAGGAAGGGCAUUCACGUGAGCCUGGCCGACGAGGCCAAUAUCAUGGUGGCCAACGGAAUGACCUACUGCUACCGCGACUCGGCCGCCAACUGCCUCAUGUCUGAGAUCAUAACCACGGACGAACUCCCCGAAAUGCUCACAUACAAGCUUUCGGAGGCGAGUGCCAGCCUCCAAGAUUUCCUGUAUCGACCUUUCCAUCGACCCAACGGCUUGUCGCCCAACCAGGUGAUUUCUAUGCAGGCACUCUGUCCGGACAGCCUUUCGCUCGAGGAAUACAAGGCCACCGCCUCGAUCCUUAUUGGCUACCUCAUUCAGUGGCCCAACAUUCUCGUCAACCUCUACAAUCCGGUUGUCAACUUCAACAAGCUCGACACGAACCUUAUUCUCCGGCAGGCCGGUCUCCAGGCCGGCCCACCGCUGGCCGGAGCCGUCUGCCGAGCCGGCCACCAGCAACUCGAAGACGAGAGUUUUUCCAGCACGUUUCUGACAGGCCUCAUGGUGGCGCUGAGCAGAAUUAAAGAAAACUGGGAGUCGUGCUUCGCACUGAGCAGCUUGAUCUCCUUGGGGGCGAGAAUCCUGACCUUUGCGCCCUCGCCGGCCGUGGCCCGUACGUGCCUCGGCUUCCUUGCGAACUGCCGCCAGGUGGCUUUGAAGUGGCUUCGAGACCUACAAAACGAAGCCAGGCUAUCUGAAGACGAGGGGCAACGACUGCGGAUUCACGAUAGAGUCUUCCGGGUGGCUCUUGUAUGUGUCGGCACAUUCGACAUUGACAUGAGUCGUCUUAAAAGCCUUCUGGCAGACCCAGCCGAGGCAUCAGUCAUGAUUGAGUCCGCAAUGGCAAUUCAACGGACAAGCAGACCAGCUCUGGAAUCUGAAGAUGUUUUCAACCUCAUCGCCACGGACAGAUGGCAGCGCCUCAUCUUCAAGAGCCACCGUCUUCUACGCAAGGCGAUUGUCCGAGGCAACAGCUCGUGCCUGGACGACGCUAUCCGAAGCACAUGGGCCGACUACACCAGCGGCCAAGCAUGGAGCACAGUAUCGACGGAAGGGGACUACAAGUUCUGGCUCGUGAGUCGCGCGGCAGCGACCCAGUCGCAUUCUAUGGUGCUGCACUUCAAUCUCCUAACCGCCGAACUCUACGUCAACGGCAUGAAUCUGUCUCGACUACCAGCGAAAUACGAAGACCACCCGAGCUAUCCAACCUUUUUCGGGAAAACAGUGGUUGAGGUGUUGCCUACCAGGAUGCCCGGCAUGCAUUUCUCAGCAAGAAAGCCAUACAACGGAUACAUCGUGGACUUGGGCAUGAGCAAGUCGGAGCGACCUGAGCUGCAGCUCACGGCUACCAAGGGCGGCAAGACCCUCGACCUGGUGCCUUCACGGAUAUUUCACCGUAUUCUGCCUCACGACUUUAUCAACGACUGCGUGCAUUGGUACGAUCGGAGCACCAAGACAGUCGAGUUUCGACCUAAGAAUGAGCCGUGGACUCCGUCACCGAACAACUGGAGGCUGAGAAAGGAAGGGGCCUUCUGGGUUUUGGAAAAGGGCAGCCAGACCCUCAUCAUUCCCUCCAGCAACCUGGGGACACGUAUCGCCGCGUUGCUCGUGCCGCUCGAAGACAAGCUCAUGACGCACAUCAUCCAUCACUCCAACACGGGCCAAGUCGACAUUGGGCUGCCCAAGCUUCAACUCGACUUUUUCCUGCUGCCAGACUCGACAAAGCUACAUAGUCGGCAGUUCCGGGGCAUGUAUAUCGACCCAGUCCAGAACAUUGGCACCUUGAUCGGGCUUCAGACCAAGCUAGUCCUCAGAGACGAUCGAGGCAAGCACAAGGUCUUGGUGCCGAACGGCAAACCGCACUGGAUCGGUUCAGGGAAUCAGCACAUCAGAGUGUCCGUCAAACAUGGCACGUCCACCAAGGUCCAUCCCUACGACGUGGACACCUUGCUGGGCCGACUGGUCGAUAACGGGGAUCUACAAAGCAAGUUGAUUCUUUGUUACUAUCACGGCCUCACCUCCCAUUGCCUCCCGGACCCCCUCACUGGCAGCACCGGGACGGAACAGAGCCUGACAAUCCUCAAAUCGGCCGGGGUCCGGUCCUUCCAGUAUCUUUCUCAGGAGAACAUUGACAUGCUUUACGCCAUUGCUCAACUAUCUCCCAAAAGAAGCCACUACCCCGCAAGAUCACGCUUGAUGGAAACGACCGUCUGGGACAAAUCGCUCAGUUGUCUCUCCCAGCACGUGCUCUACUACGAGAUUGCCACGAAAAUCCUCGAGCAAGCCGAGCAGAGCAGACUCUUUCAUCCCGAUAUCUACGUCGAGCCAAAGAAACUCGACUUUGUGGACAGUGAACUGCACAAAAGACAUUCGAUCCGAGAUUCCGUCUUCCACCUGCACAGUUUUGGCGCUGAAAGCCACACCACCGCCUAUGACGCUCAUUACACGAGAAAAAGGGAUGGUCUCGGACUAUCUAUUGCGUCGGAGCGCGUGUUUAAAGUGUCAAGAGCAAUCUACGAAGGAACGCAGACUCUCUACGAGCCCCCAAGCCGCGACUUUGUGGACGACAUGUGGCAGCUGCUUUUAUGUGACCAAGUCAGGGGCGCGCAAGAUCUCACUCUGCUGUCAAACGAUGGAAUCGCCUAUGAUGCAAAGUGGAUGAAGGACUUUCCAUCGCUCAUGCGUUGGUACUGGUGUCAACUUCACCACAUCUUGGGAAGUCCUGGCUCCAGGCCGAGCAAGUUCCACGUCCUGUUCUGCCUCGCCACCAUGGCCUACUCGCACGAUUGCGACUCGCAGGCAUUGCAAGUCUUUGUCCUCUGCCUAAACUCGGCUCGUGUCGGCGGGAUCAUGUUACCCACACAAUGGGGCUGGGAUCUCCGGGAGGCAUUCAGCAUUGACGCCGGUUCCAUUAAGAGGAUUGCCCAGAAGCAUGUGGUCUCCUAUGCGGACUCUCCAGCGUUCGGCCUCCUUCAGCAAGCAGGAGAAUCGGCGGCAGAUGUGGAGGACAGGCGUUGCAGGACCUUUGACAAAAAUUGUUCCUUGGCGGUGAGUCGAUUGGUCGCCUUGCUCGAGGCUCAAUGGCCUUGCGAAGGGCCGCAACCACCAACGGAAACGGUCAUCGAAGAAUACAUCCGGCUGGGGAGGGUGAUGGAAGAGAUACGACGCCCCUGGAACGACUGGCACGCUAAUCACCAAUUCCGCGAAAUACAAGUUCCCGAGCUACAGGCCGGGGGGCGGACGCUUCCUCAAGCCUCGCGAGGACCGGCCUUUGUUACUGACACGGAUAUAUUUCAACGUCCCGCUCCGGAGUUCAUCGAGGUCCAAGACGACACUUCCAAUCUCCUCUGCCCUCGCACAGACGAGAGAGCAGGCUCGGAUAACGUUGACGCUCUCAUCGAGCGUCUGAUGGAGGUCGCCAAUCAGCUGCUCGACAAAAAGUAUGCCCAAGACCUCGAGGAAAGCGCCGGGGCCUUGAAGACAAGGAAGCCGCAAGACUCGAUCAAGUGCCCCGAAGACGCCAGCCUUGAUAAGAUUCUGCAUGAUCACCUGGAAAAGUGUCGUUCCCAGUUGAGAAUCAUCUACGAGACCCUGGUCAGCGCCACCGAUCCAGAAGUCCCGGUCCCCUCAACGUCGGAAGUUUCCAGUCGGCAGGUGGGAGCAAAGUCUUUGGCGCCGAGGACAUCGCGCAACUUCUUUCUCCGCCAGCUCGCCGGCGAUAGAUGGAGGCCUCUUACAGAGCAGUGGAAGAAAGCCAUUAAUGCGUUUGCGAAGGCAGUGACGGCGCUGCAGCGUGCGGAGAGAAUGGUUAAGCUGGUGGACAACCCGCGCGACCUCCAUAAGGAGCUCCUCAACCCCGGCCACACCACCUGGAGAAGCAUCGAGUACCCCGAGUCUCUGCUCCUCGAGGUCGAAAGCGGCAUAAUGAUUCGAGCGAACCAGGAGAGCAUCGCGUCGGUCAUGCGAGCGCCGCCCAACAACCGCAAUGCCGUCAUGCAGCUCAACAUGGGCGAGGGCAAAUCUUCCGUCAUCGUACCCAUCGUCGCGGCGCGUAUAGCCGACGGCCGCAGGCUUGUUCGUGUCAUUGUGGCCAAGCCUCAAGCCAAAGAGCUGCACCGGAUGCUGGUUGAAAAGCUGGGCGGCCUGCUCAACCAUCGAAUCUAUCACUUGCCCUUUACCCGCUCCCUGAGGCCAACCGCUUCCGACAUUCGAGCGGUCCUGGAGAUGUGCCGCGAGUGCAUGAGCACUGGCGGCGUGCUGCUGAUGCAGCCCGAGCACAUACUUUCCUUCCAACUGAUGGGCAUCGAGGCUCAGCUGUCUGGGAGCGCCCAGGCGCAAGACGUCGCGCAGCUUGCCUUGGAGACGCAGCAUUUCUUCAACCUGCAUGUGAGGGACAUUGUGGACGAAAGUGACGAGAACUUUAGCGUCAAGUUUGAGCUGCUCUACACAAUGGGGACCCAGAGGCCCAUUGAACUCAGCCCAGAGCGCUGGACCCUAACUCAACGACUGCUCACCCUCGUUGCAAAGGUCGUGCCAAGGGUUCAGGAACAGCUGCCCGCAUCGAUCGAGGUGUCAGGUGUCGCUCAUGGCCGCUUCCCAAGGACACGAAUCUUGCGAACAGACGCUCUGAAACUCCUGCUCAGGACCCUCGUUGACGAGUUGAGCAAUGUUGGGCUGCCUGGCUUUCCGAUAGCACGGCUGUCGAGCGAAGUCAGGAACCACGUCGUCACGUACAUUUCCCAGGUCGACCUUUCAUCUGCUCAGAUAGCCGCUGUUGAGGGCUCGGGUUUUUACAACGAAUCCACGAAGGGCCCGCUCCUUCUGAUCCGCGGACUCAUCGCGGGAGGCUUGCUGGGCUACGCCCUGGGGCAGAAGCGAUGGAGAGUCAACUAUGGUCUUACCAAGGACCGGCGUCCGCCAACGAGGCUUGCAGUUCCGCAUCGAGCAAAGGACUUCCCUACGGCACGGUCCGAGUUCAGCCAUCCCGAGAUUGUCAUCAUCCUGACGUGUCUGUGCAAUUAUUACGGUGGCCUUUCCGACGACGAUCUCUUCCUCGCCUUUGAGCACUUGAUGCAGUCGGACCAAGCCAGCGCUGAAUACCACGAGUGGGUUCGAGAUGCCCCCGAGCUGCCUGAGUCGUUUCGCCGGCUCGAGGGAGUCAACACCAAGGACAAGCGCCAAGCGACCGGCCUCGUUUUCCCCUGCCUCCGAUACUCCAAGAGUGUCGUGGACUACUUCCUGGCGCACAUCGUCUUCUCCAAAGAGCUGAGAGAGUUUCCCCAGAAGCUAUCCGCCUCCGGCUGGGACAUAGCGCGGCAGAAGAUCCAUCCCACAACCGGCUUCAGCGGUACAAAUGACUCCCGACACACGCUUCCCCUUGACGUGCAGCAGCUGGACCUCGGCGACCAAAAGCAUACCAACGCCCUCGUGCUUGAGCAGCUCCUGCGGCCCGAGAAUACGAUUGCGUACAUGCUGCGCCGGACUAGGAUUGUCAGCUCCGAUGCAGAGGCCUUACUAGAGCUUGUCCAGUGCCAGGCGCCCUCGGUUCAGGUCAUCCUUGAUGUUGGGGCGCAGAUUAUUGAGCUCACCAACAUUCAAGUGGCGCAGACUUGGCUCGAGAUGACUCCCGUGGAGCUGAACAAGGAAGCGGUCGUCUUCUUCAACGACUUUGACGACUUGUGCGUCAUCGACCGCCAGGGUCAGGUUGAGCAGCUGCAAACCUCCCCCUACGCUCAGCAGCUCGAUCUCCCCUCGCACUUCAGAGCGGCCGUGACGCUGGGGGCUAAUGUGACGAAAGACAAGCUUGUUCAAGCGUGCAUGAGGAUGAGGAGACUCGGACAGGGACAGUCGGUUGUGUUUUGUGUUUCCGAGGAGAUCCGGAGCAAAGUUUGUUCAAAGGCGAGCAAGCCAGCCGGCAGCGACGUCGAUGUGUCGGAUGUCUUGAUGUGGUCCAUCUCGGAGACGCAUGCCGACAUUCGUCGAGGCUUGCCCUUGUGGGCCUUGCAGGGAGAGAGAUUCGAGCGCCAACGCGCUAUUUGGGAUCUCUGCACCGGGCCCACGGGGAUCCGGAUGCCUCUGGCGCAAGCUGAGCGGUUCCUCGAGGACGAGGCACAAACUCUCGAAGAGAGAUACAAGCCUCGCCAGGUCACGUACACCAUGGGCAAUCACCCGGGUCUGCCGUUGAAUCCAUCAAUGCCUCCCCGGCUGUUGGAGAUUCGAGGACGAUGCCGCGAGUUCAACUGCCUCGACUACCGGGGCUCGACGCUCGACGAGGAGCAGGAGCGCGAGUUGGCGCCGGAAAUGGAGGAAGAGCGUCAGUUGGAGAGGCCAGCCGAGGCCGAGGCCGAAGGGCAUUGGUUGCACCCUCAUGUGCGCCACUUUGCCGUCAACGGCAAUAUAACUCUGCUGCAUAAAGUGAUUACGCCAGUUUUCCAAGCUCUCGAGGGUACCAGCGCGGCCGAGCACAUCAAUCUCGAAGAGUUCCUCCCGACCAAUCUCCCGACCACCAAGGACUUCAGGCGGACUGUCCGCCUGAAGGGGAACAAGCUCUGUGCCGACUCGUACCAGCGGCCGGUUCAGUGGAUCUUGAGCAGCAACCUGGGAGAUGUCCAGGACCGGAAAUUCCUCAUCAUCAGCCCGUUUGAGGCCCAGCGGCUGCUUCCACUCAUUGAGAAGUCGGGCAAAGUGACGCUACACCUCUACUCGCCGCGGACCAACAUGGCUUUUCCCACACUCGACACGCUGGACUUGUACGCGGUUCCGGCACUGAGAGACGACUUCGAGCUGCCCUUUGGCCUGAAGCAGAUGCUGAACCUCUUUGCCGGCCAGCUCUACUUUUCAACCUUUGCCGAUUACAGGGCGACGUGCGAGAUGCUCGACUUGGCGUGGUGUCCGGCAAGGGAGGGCGAGGUUGUGCAGGCGGACGGGUUCAUUUCCCGCAAAGCGGACGGUUCUCAGAGCAAGUUUUCACGGAGCCCGGUACAGUUCCUGCGCGUGUUUCUGGGAAGCAUCCGUCGCGAUCGCAGGGGAUUUGACAAGACUCACUGGGGGCGAAUGUUGGCAGGAGAGAUUUUGACUGAGGCGGAUUUUGCGUAG